UUUCUUCCUGGUACUAAAAAUAGCCGUAAUGUGGAAGGGCGCUCAAGACGCUGCACAGUGCACAUGUUGCGCCCCUGUCUAUCUCCUAAGGGAUGAUGAGGUGUCAUACAUUCCGAACACCUGCACCGCGCAGUCUUAAUGCACGCCCCAACCUCGUUCCCCUCUUAGGGCGGCUGAAGAAACAAGUGGACGUAUUCAUCGACAGAAUGAACCCUCUGGCCAGUACAAAAUCUCCACUCCCUGUUCCCGAGAACCCCUUAGACCAUCGUCGACCGAAGAAAAGACAGAGAACGGAUGUUGACGAGGGCAAGCCCACAGUCCCGAUCUACGCACGGCCUGCACGAAGCCAUGUUCAGCCUCUAAAGGCAAAAAGGACCAUACCAAAUGCAAUCAUCAUGCUCGUCCUUGCAUUGGGUGCAGUUUCGCAUGGAGAUAAUCCGAUUAGGGGUGCCCUUAACCCUCGCAAGGAAGUUCGUCAACCUUAGUUGACGGCAUUGCGGAGAUCUCGCCUUGAAAGUCUGGCCUCCUACUGAUCGCGUUAGGUACUACUGCCUUGGAUACACGGCCUCCUUGUCCUUGGCGGUCUUAAGGAACUGUAGGCUGUGGUGAUCGGUGAGGAUCGUGGUCUUCUUCGUUCCUAGCAAGUAUCCCCAAGUUCGUAGGGCGUGUUUGAAGGC